AUGGUACUCGAUCUCCUCACACUGACCGCUAUACCUACUGCUGUCGGCGCUUCCGAAGCCGUACACCAGCAGCGUCUGCUGGACGAGGAAGCUGAGUCCGAAGAACGCCAAACGCCUUUCUAUCUUGACGUCUUCUGUGAUGCGCAAUCACGGAAGAAAGACGAGGUACAUGAUACUAUCAUAGUAUUGAAAAAUGGGAAGCUCCGAUUCUGGCCCAAAGACACGCGUACGAAACUCCCAAAGAGAAUCAACGGCAGUGAUACAGCGCCGCGUCCGUUCACUGGCUUCUACCUCCCUUUCCCAACCGAAGACUUGCCUCAUGACAAGCGGUCUAUACCCGCGCCGCCCAUCCUCGGUCUGGUCAGCACGGUGCCUUCCGAUGCGAAAGGCAAAGCUAAGUCGGAGAAGCCGAAGCUCAAUUGGAUAUACGCGGAUAAGAAAACACGAGAGUUACGAUAUGGACCGCGCGUCGAAGCACGAGAGCACGUCGUAGGUCCCUGGGAUUGGACGGAAGACGACGAACAGGGACUAACGCUAAAUGGGGAGGAGUGUCUGGUAGCGGUGGAGGAAGAGGAGGGCGGAUCUGGGUGGGCUGUAUACUGGGAUGAGGAUGAUGAUCGAUUGAAGGGGUACGGCAUCGCACAAAAGCACAGGGUGCUACGAUGCAGUCUAGAGAGAAGACUGGUAGAAGAUGACAGGAGGAUGAUUGAAGUAGAAUGA